UUGGCCGUAGUUUAGUGGUAAGAAAGUAGGUAGUCCAAAGCGUUACGCAUGAGUUGUUUUGGAGGCAAAUUUAGUAUUUGUAGAUUGUGGAUUCAUGUGUUAAUAUUUUCCUAACAAAACGCAUUUUUCAAUUUCCAUGUUUUUUUAUCUAAAGUAAAAUGUCCCAGUCUAAAGUUACUUCAUAUUAUGUUACGCGAAGAAGUUCUAGAAACCAAAACAAUAAAGGAGCCAUUGAAUCUGCCAAGAAUCUUGUUGUUGCAAAAGAUGUUAUUGGAAAGUCUGUCCCUCAAGAGCUCAAGAAACAAAAAAGUGCUGAAGUUCCAGAAGCGAUAAAAGUUUUAGCUAAAGCGCCAUCAGCUGCAAAUAAAGGGAAUAAUUUGAAAUCACAAGAUGCUAAACCGAAGGUUUCUAAACGAGCUCCUAAAGCUUCUAAGAAAACACCGUCAACCGACGUAUCUCAGUCUAAGGUAACGAGUUUUUACGAAGCCCAGAAAACUUCAAAAGAACCGAAAUUAAGUACCAUUGCUGAAUGUAGUGUUCAACAAUCUUCUAUUACUGAUUGUGCUUCAGCUGCUGAUAAUGUUCCUGAAAAAGUGAAAAUACCUGAACAAAAAUCGAAACGGGUAGUUCUUGAUCGAGAUAACUUACGUUCUCCGAAGCGGAAUUUAAGUAAUCCGAAUGUAGGCACUCCUCCGAAAAAAAAGUUAUCGUGUAGUGAAAUUGCUUCAGAAGAAAUUCAAUCCCCUUCUAAAUGUAUCACUCCCAAAAAGCUUUUUAUUGAUGAUCAAACUGAAAAAGGAUCAAAUGAAAAAGCACCUGAAAAUAAACCAAAUGAAAGAACUCCUGAAAAAAAGUUGAUCCAUCCAUCAGUUCGAAGUCCGUCAGAACAAACAAAGAAAGCUAUAGCAAAUUUUAAGGCAAAACUUUCGUUGGUUCGAAGUUAUAAUGCAAAUUGUUUUAAAACUAAUUCCAUUGUAUCUCCCACUCAACGACUUGAGAAUAAAUCUAUUGUUCCUACUGUUCCUGCCUAUCAAAAAUACAGCUACUUGGUUGAUCCAGAAAUAUCAUCAUCUCUGAUUUUACCAUUCAAAUACAAAUUACUGUUGGAAAUGUUCAGAAGCAUGGAUACUGUUAUCAGCAUUCUGAAUAACCGAAAAGAGAAGAUUACUUUUGAGAAAGUAAAGGAGGGCGUUCAGCGGAUGAUGAAGAGAACUUUCUCUAAAGUCCAUCUGGGGCAGAUUAUGACAGUUAUGCCCACUGCCUAUGAUGUAGCAUUGGAAAAAUGUACCUUUAAGAAAGCCAAUGAUCCAGAUUAUCAGUUAAUCAUCACUCCUAAACUUAAUGCAGCUGAAGGUAGUAAUAAUGCAAAAUCAAAGAAUGUAACCAUGACGCCUCUAGAUCUUUCUGGGAGGGAGCAGGCUUUUCAUAAUACUUUAAUAAAUAUAGUUAAGCAACAUCACAAGGUAUUUUUAAGCAGACUGAAUUUUCCAUCAGUGUCUGAUGAAAGUAUUAAAAGAUGGCAUCCCAAAUUUGCAGUUGAUAGUGUACCUGAUAUUGAAACUGCUACUUUACCAGAAAUACCUGAAAAUAAAGUUUGUACUGCUAAAGAUGUAUUGAACAAAAUAGUCAAAUCAUCCUUUCGUGGAAAAGUUGUUAAAGCUUUGAAAAGUGUAGCAGAUGAAUCAACAAACAACAACUUAAAGAUUGAACUGGAACCAAGUACUAGUGAGAAAACACCAGCUCCUACAAAAAGUGCCUUAAAAGGGAUCAGUAGCGAUUUGAUAGCGAAAAUUCGAGCUCGUGAGUCUGCCAAAAUUCUAGAGAGGAUGAUAGAAAGUCCUGAUGAAACAAAGCGCAAAGCAAUGCUUGAACGUCUUCCUAAGAUCAUUCAGAUUGUGUGGCAUUAUUUUAUUGCUGAAAGAAAGGCAGCUGUACCAGUUGAUACUGCUAUUGAUAAAAUAAUUCAUAGUUGCAGCUCAUUAUCCACUCAUGAGGAAGUGAAAGCACAUCUAACUCUGAUAACUGAAGAAUUUCCUGGCUGGUUAUCAUUUAUCCAAAUUCCUAAAGGACUUUACAUUACUAUUAACAAGAAUAAAAAUAUUACUGAGAUGCUUGACAAAUUUCAGCAGUGAUAAUUCUAUUGCUUUUAAAUUUUUAUUCAAUUUUAUUACAUUUUAUCGAAGCUUUUAGUUUUAUAUAUUUUUAAAGCAUGUGUGUG